AUGUAUUUAAUGUUUGUUAUAUCGCUCUUAUGCUUACUUCUGGCAUUCUGUGCAAAGAUAACUAAAAUCCUGCUUCCCUUCUUCUGCAGCGAUAGCUCAGAAGUUAAAGAGAUAAAGAACAAAGUGUCCGAUUUGCGAGCGGAUUUGGCUAAGAUUUCCAUGCGCGAUGAAUAUAUCAAAUAUGUCAAAUGUGAACGUAAUAUUGUUGCUUUGGAAACUGCUCUGAACGAAGCCAAAGGACGUGAUAAUAUGAAGCGUGUAGCGUACGAGUACGGAUUGCAUUACUGCGGGAUGGCGGUACUCGCACUAAUCAUGAUGUAUAUUUCAUUCUCCUACCGAAAUACCACCAUCAUAGUGUUCGGAAACAAUUUCAAUUUUGAGCCAUUCGGUGGGCUAAUUAGUUUUCCCACUCAAGUACCCAACUCGAUAUCAGUUAUGUCCUGGAUCGUGGUAAACAACUUAGUUGCUAGAACGUUAGCUGGAUAUGUUAAAUAA